CUGCUCCAAAGCCUUCGUCUAUACAUCUUCAGUUCUUACAUACCUUCAGAAACCUUGAGGAACACAGGCAAGCCCAAAAUGGCCUCAGACACAAACGACCAGAAUCUCCAAUGGGCCUGGCGCUGUCAUCAAGGCCGAAAACCAGACGUCCUCUGCAAAAAACGAAUCCAAGUCCCAAAAUGUGCCUCGAACGGCGUCCUAGUAAAAAUGCUAGCAAUGGGCGUCUGCCACUCCGAUUGCCUCAUCAUAGCCCGUCCAGAACCUCUGCCAGGCAACACAGAAUUCACUCUAGGCCACGAAGGCGCCGGAGAAAUUUUGGAAAUCGGCUCAGAAGUCUCCAGUCUCCAAGUCGGAGAUAAAGUCUCCAUCCAUAUCGUACCCGGUUGUGGUUCAUGUCGAGAAUGUAAACUCGGAUUUAGAAGAUUGUGUAGAGAACCCAAUAACGGCGGUUAUGGUUUAGAGAAAGAUGGGUUCAUGCAGGAAAUUGUAGCUGCGAGGGCUGAUGCUUGUGUGAAAGUUCCGGAAGGUGUGAGGAUUGAGGAUGCGGCGAUUGCUCCGGAUGCGAUUUUGACAGCGUAUCAUGCGAUCAAGUAUACGGGUGAGGUUGGGCCGGAGGAUACGGUGGCGAUAGUUGGGCUUGGGGGCUUGGGGUUGAAUGGUGUGCAGAUUGUGAAGUAUCUUGGUGUCAAGGAGGAUAAUCUUUAUGUUCUUGAUAAGAAACCCGAGGCUGUGAAGGCGGCGGUUAGAUUGGGUGUUAGGAAGGAGAAUGCUUUUUGUUCUGGGGAGGAGCAUUAUGAGAAGAAGCCGAUGCAUGAGGUGCUGGCUGAGAGAGGUGUGGGUAUUGAUAAGGUGAUUGAUUUUGUUGGUCAUGAUCAGACGCAUAUCGCGGCUCAGAUGGUUGUGAGGCCAGCGGGAACGAUUGUCGUGGUCGGACUUCUGAGUAUGCAGACGCCACUGCUCCCGGCACUGAUGGUCUCAAAAUGCUACGCCAUUAAAGGGACUUUUGCUGGCGAGAUCGAAGGGCUGAAAGAAUGUCUGGAUCUGUUAGCGGAUGGCGUGAUUCGGCCGGAAUUGAGUACUGCCAGCGUCAAUGGACUGCUACAAGUGUUGAAAGAUUUAGACGAUGGUAAGAUCGAAGGAAGAAAGGUAUUGCUGCCGGACUGGACGAGCUGA